GCUCACGUGACCCACCGCUUCAUCUGUGUAUGGCGUUUCAGCCUCGCUGGGCCUAACAUGGUGGACACGAGCCGGCGCGAAGAAAUGGACACCGCCUGGUCUUGGGUUGUCCUGGGUGCCAGCUGGCUGUCCUUAUAUGUGUCCACACUUUUAACUGCUGGAGGGGGGAUUAUACAAGUGGGUUGUGUUGGGAUGCAUGUGUUAAAAAUUAUAUUUAUAUAUAUAUAUAUUGGUUGGUUGUAAGGUUGUUAUUAGGGUAAUUAUUCCUAGCGUCUGUCUGGGUCAGAGGCGUAGCGAGGGUGUUUGGCACCCGGGGACAAGAUUCGCGCCCGGGGACAAGAUCCAUUUUAAAGCGCUCCUUUUUCUUUUUUUUUCAACUCUCAAACCCAUUAUUUUCAUCAAUAAAAUAAUAUCAAAGCACAUUUUGGCGCCCCUAACUAGCUGGCGCCCGGGGACAUCUGUCCCCAGUGCCACCCCCCUCGCUACGCCUCUGGUCUGGGUGCAUUGUAAGUGUGAUAUUUCGCCAAUAUUGAACACAUAUUGAAAUGAGUACGAGUUUAAGACAUUGGUUCAUAAUCAUUUUAACUCACGGAGUGCUUUUAAGAAUAAAUUUCUUAAGGAACGCCUUCUUAGGCCUACCCUGUGUCUCACACGUUAAUAAUGUUAAGGUGUUUCCCGGAGCAGGCGCGGGGCCCCUCAGAAGUGCAUGCAGAUCCCAGGAGCACAGGUUGGGAACCGCUGGUUUAAGCUUUAAGUUGUGGCUUUGAUUAAUGAAAAAUUCAGCGAUGCUUUAUUGUUUUCUAAGCAUAGAAGAGUUUCUUUGGGUCAAGGUUCAACUUCCCAAUUCAUUUUCAGAUCUACAGUUAAACUCUAAAAAAUAAAUAAAUAUUACUUACAUUGAACUUAAGCAAAUUUAAGGCAUAAAUAGUCUCUCACUCUCUCUCUCUCUCUCUCUCUCUCUCUCUCUCUCUCUCUCUCUCUCUCUCUCUCUCUCUCUCUCUCUCUCUCUCUCUCUCUCUCUCUGUAAAUAUAAAAUAAACUUUUAAAAUGUAAUAGUAAUAACUAUUUUUUUAAAAAAUGAAUUAAAACAAUUUAUGUUACCCCCAUAACUCAUAGCUGCUUUCUUGAAAUCCCAAGGUUGAAAUAAUUGAUGACCUGGAUGUUGGGUCAGGGGUCAUUUCAGUUAUGACGUCAAUAGCUCUAGGAAUGGCCUGUCUUUUAGGUGAGUGGCGUGUCAAUAAUGAAACAAGCUAUAAAAUGAACCCCUAAACUCAGUAUUUCAAUUCUCACUGACUACUUUCUAUCAUUAGUAAAGAGUUAUUUAUUUAUUUUUUUUACCAAUCAGAGUUCAGCAACUACAAAAUGAAUGCAUUUUUUAAAACAAUAUGAGCAAUUAUUUAUUUUUAGAUGUAUUACAUUACGUGUUUCAUCUUUGUCAAGAGAAAAGUUCUUUUUAUGACAAGUCUUUUAUACAACUUUGGUAAGGAAAAAUUAUAAUGCAAGACCCUGCUCUAUUUGUGUGGUGCAGCCUUUAAACUUUAAGCUUUGAGGAUUGAUCUUUACUUAAAGUUAGAGGUUUGAAAAAAUAAUAUACGUCUAGACUUUGACGAGAGCUUCAAAUCUCAACAUUUUAGAAGAUAUCAGAAUCCUUGCUCGAUACAUUCAGAGAUCUGAUAGUUAUUAUUAUAAUUAUUUUUAUUUGACCAUUGAAAAGCAUCUUUUUCAGUCCCUUACCAAAGCCAUCUCCAGUUAGUCCAGUAGCUGUAAUUAGUGUAAUUCACAAGUUAUUUAAACCUGAUGUAACCAUUAUUUCUUUGAACAAGUCUUGCAGGCAGACAUGUAUAAAAGUAGGUUUUAGCGUGGUGAAGCCCUGAAGUCUUGUCUCAUAAUUUCCUCAGGUCCACUCAGUGGCAUCCUGUCCAGUUUGUUGUCUGCCCGGUAUGCCAUAUUCUUGGGUGUCGUCCUUAUGUCCCUCGGACUACUUGGUGUCAGCAUGUCCCGAUCCUUGCCCUUAAUGAUUUUUUUCUAUGCGGUGGUCACAGGUUGGUUCAUAAUGUUGGGUGGUCACAGGGUGGUUCAUAAUGUUGAAUCUUUCUUUUUUUAAUGUGUUCACAGAUGAAAGUUUCUUUUUUUAAUGUGUUCACAGAUGAAAGUUUCAUUUUUUAAUGUGUUCACAGAUGAAAGUUUCUUUUUUUAAUGUGUUCACAGAUGAAAGUUUCUUUUUUUAAUGUGUUCACAGAUGAAAGUUUCUUUUUUUAAUGUGUUCACAGAUGAAAGUUUCAUUUUUUAAUGUGUUCACAGAUGAAAGUUUCUUUUUUUAAUGUGUUCACAGAUGAAAGUUUCUUUUUUUAAUGUGUUCACAGAUGAAAGUUUCUUUUUUUAAUGUGUUCACAGAUGAAAGUUUCUUUUUUUAAUGUGUUCACAGAUGAAAGUUUCUUUUUUUAAUGUGUUCACAGAUGAAAGUUUCUUUUUUUAAUGUGUUCACAGAUGAAAGUUUCUUUUUUUAAUGUGUUCACAGAUGAAAGUUUCUUUUUUUAAUGUGUUCACAGAUGAAAGUUUCAUUUUUUAAUGUGUUCACAGAUGAAAGUUUCUUUUUUUAAUGUGUUCACAGAUGAAAGUUUCUUUUUUUAAUGUGUUCACAGAUGAAAGUUUCUUUUUUUAAUGUGUUCACAGAUGAAAGUUUCUUUUUUAGUGAUAAUACUAUUUUAUUUUUUUAUAAAAAUUAAUUUAAUAAAGAUUUUAGCCUAUACACAGUUUAAAUCAGGGGUUCUUAAACUCUUUGCAGUGCCACACCUCCUCAUGAUUUCAAAAGAUAUUUCCCACAACCCCAAAAAUUAAAAAUGCUUAUCAUAAUAUUAAUAAACUGAUAAAAACCCAAAUUCCCCAAAGAGGAUCUGCAUUCUUAGGGGUGCGAGCAACCUCUUUUUAACAACCCCUGAUUUAUAUUUUCAUAUUUUUUCUUUCUUGUUUGCUCUUUAAAAGUAAUUAAUGCUGUUAAACUACUUAAACUUGCGAUUAUGUAAUAGACAUUUUAAAAUAAUUUUUUUGGCUGCCUUGCCAUAUUAAUAAUUUUUAAAUUAGAGGAAAAAAAAAAUUCUUUGGAAAGGAUCAGUUUUGAAAUACCUGUAAAGUAAAAGAGAUGAAAAAGUAAUAGUUGUAAUACGAAUUAAUUUUUGAAAUAUUCUGCAGGAAUUGGCUAUGGAAUCAGCUACUCUCCACUGGUUGUGGUGAUAAGCUUCUACUUUGAUAAACACAGGAUUCUAGCCAAUGGAAUUCUCUUGUGUGCCUCAGGGACAGCUGUUUUCUCACUUCCUUAUCUAUUAAACUACGUCAUAGAGUUCAACGGAUGGAGAUAUGCAAUGGCUCUGAAUGGGGCCGUUCUCUUGCAUAUACUUAUCUUCUCUUCAGUUUUUUUCCCUACAGAAAUAGAGCGUAGAAGCAUGCUAAAAACAGAUUUAUUUUGUUUCUGGAGGCGCUGGAACCAGAACAACCCCCCACCAAAUUCUUUCGUGUCACAUACAUCGGAUGAGAAAGAGGCUUCCGUAGCUGACAGUCAAGAGAGCACACUGCUGCAGUCUGUACCCACCAAAUUUCAGCCUGUUGUGACGUCAAAAUCUUUCAUGGACUCCUGUGGAUUAAUUUAUUCAUCACAAAAGUUUGGUGUGGAAAACAUAUCCUCAAAUGGCUUUGUCCAUAGCAGCUCAAAGUUGAAGAGUGAUUCCCUACCUGUAGAUAGUGAGGAUCUAAACACAAGUGCGGUAGAUUAUAAGGAUAUUAUAGAAAAACAGGAAGAAAUAUUUUUUGCCAGACAGUAUUCAGAAGUCUGCAGCGGGUCAUCCAUAAGUUUAAGCACUGAACUUCCUGCUCGCCAGCAAGCAGUCUAUACAUUUGGGCAACUGAGAAAGGACAGGGAUCAUGCCGGGAGCAGUCUUGUCUGGGUUUCUUCUGUCAGCGGAAGUUCUAUGAUCAUUCCGAUGAAAAUAGAAGAAAUAGUCCCUGUAAAGGAUGACGGUCAAAUAGGUCUCAAAUCAAAAUUGAAAAGGUGGUCUUAAAGAUUUAUUAAUUAUGAUCCACAAACUUAAGGACAGAAAUAUUAGGAGGUAUUAUUUGCUCUAGACAAAUGAAGCAUGGGGUCCCAAGCGUAAAAAAAAAAUGUAUCUAAUACCGGUAAUAAGAGAGUAGACAACUGCAGCCUUACCCUAGUGACAGCCAAGGGUACUAACUGUGCCACUUAGCAUUUACUUUAAUAAAUAUUUACUAGAAUUAUUGCACUUUGCACUACUUUCUUGUGUAUGAAGAUAAAACUAACCUAAUUGGAAAGUUAUAUUGUAUCUAAAAAAAAUGCUCUUUAUAUAAGGAGUCUUACUUUUUAAAAAAAUUUUUUUUGUUUGUUUAAUAAAAAUUAAAAAUAAUUGAUUUUGACUUUGAGAUUCUAAAAAAAAGUGAUUACUCUUUGCUUUCUGUCAGAGUUUGCAAGUCUAAAGCGAUAUGGAUCCUCAAUAUCAACUCGAUGCUGUUCAUGGCUGGGAGUGGCAUUCACACAGUUCAUUUUGCUUCAUACGCUCAGAGCAAAGGAAUGGGCCGACUACAGGUCUCUGAAUUCUACAUGGUGUAUGGUAUUGUCAUCAUGUGUGGAAGAUUGUUAGGGGGCGUAGUAUUUAACAGGUGAGUCUGGUUGAUUUUUAAAGUUACUUAUUGUUAUCUGGUAAAUUUUAAGACAUUUUUUAUGUUUAGUUCCUUUUCAUUGAUUUAGAAGGUUUUCUUUGAUCUAUUGUAAUAAGUUUAAAUAAGUGGAUUUCAUUGAACUUCAUUCACAAUUAAACAUUUUUUAAUACAUUUUUUUGACUUUUAAAACCUGUACAAAUUAUUUUAUAACUAGAUUUUGAAACUGGAAAUUAGGGCUUCUUUUGCUUAAUAUUUUAAAAAGGUCAACCAACGUAUAGAGCUAAUAAUUUUUGUACUUUGAUAUUUAAAGUUAAUUUAAAAGUAUUUUGAGCUAAAUUUAUUUGCAAGUGCAGUAUACUUAUUUGUUUUUCCCUAUAUGUUCUUUUUAUUGUAAAAUUGUACUUUUUUUUAUCUCUGCUAUUUGCAUUUCAGAAUGAAGCCACCCCUGGUACUAGUUAUGUUUAUUCUUCAGUUCCUGAAUGGACUCUUCUUAGGGUUUGCUCCCUUUUAUGCCAACACAGUUGAUGGGAUCUUUGUUAUGGAGGUUUGAAAAUGUUACAAGAGCUGAAUCUGAAAUGAAAAAAGCAUCUUCACACUUACUCUAGGCUUUAUAGUUUGCUCUUUGAUAUGUACAUGAAAUCACUUUGGGAUAAAGUUGGCCUUCAUUCUCUGCUCUACCAGAUGCAUAUGACAUCAGUUAGGGAUAAAGUUAGCUUUUUUAUGUUUAUAGCUGCCCAAACCAUUUCUUUUUAUCUUCCUAUUAAAAAAAGUUAAAUUAAUAUAAAAAUAAAUUUAACCAUACAAAGUAAUUGUAUAGUCUAUUUUGACCUCCUCAGGCUGGGAUCGGUCUUCUCUAUGGACAGUCAUACAUGCUGCUGUCUCCCAUCCUGGCUCAAAUUCUGAGUGUCAGUGACCUGCCUAUUGCUUUUGGUGUCAACCAUUUGUUUAUUGGAGUUGGCUAUAUUACAGCCCCUAUACUAGCAGGUUAAAAAAUUCAAAAACUCUCUUUCACAAAAUGUCCCCCUGAAAUGAUUCAAAUCUGUUUCCAAGGUAGCAUCCUAGUUAGUGUGUCAUGAUGACAAAGAAUUAAAUAUGGUUAAUGCUGAAAUAUUGGAAAAUAUAAAGAAAAAAAUUAGCCUGAACAUCCACAAAAGAUUUUUUAAAAACACAAGAAAUAUCUGGAUGGCUUCAUUGGCUUAGAAACAGAAGGCACAAAACUCACUCCAUCGGCACAAGAAUUAUAGAAGAUGGAAAUGAGAGUAAAACUGUUAAAAAAAAAAAAGAGUUUGGAAACAUUAUUGUCUCAUUUAAUAAUAGGCUAAGUGGGUCAAUAAUAUAAAUACAAGGAUGGUGAUCUUAAUUAUGGUGAACAGGAGAUACUUUUUUUUAGAUGAAAGCUAUUUUGAUUGGAAGUUUUAUUUGAUAUUAGAUGUCAUGUAUUUUACCUAUGAUUCCUGUCUCUUUAGGUUUCAUUUAUGAUGCUACACAUACCUAUGAUAUUGCUAUGUACAUAGCUGGUAAGCCUUUGUAUGUUAGUCUAUAA